AUGAUCUAUGGUUUGGUGCUGUUCCCGAAUAUCCCGAAUUUCGUCGAUCUCACUGCCAUUUGCCUCUUUAUGGAUCAAAACCCCGUGCCUACUCUCUUGGCAGAUACUUAUUAUGCUGUUCAUUCCAGGUAUGGGACGAAGGGAGCCGUUGGAGGCUGUUUACCGUUGUUAUACGAGUGGUUCAUUUCACACUUGCCUAAAAGUGGACCGUUUGUCACAACAAGAGACUCACAGAAAUGGCCUCAAAGGACCAUGGGGCUUACGGCGAAUGACAUCGUUUGGUAUCACCUUGGGAAAGGGAUAGAGGAAGUUAUUACUAGAUGUGGUAGUUUUGACAACGUUCCCCUCAUAGGAACGAAGGGAGUUAUCAAUUACAACCCGAGGCUAGCGCUGCGCCAGUUGGGUUUUGCACUAAAGGACAAGCCGUUAGACAAGGAAAUAUUUGAAUCCGUUUGCUUUAAGAAAGGGGCUGAUCCAGAGGGUCUAGAAAAAGUGAGGAGCGCCUGGAAUAGUAUUCAUACCGAUGACCGAACUUCCUUAGGAGGGAAGAAUGCCAUUGCUAAACAAGCCUACACUGAUUGGGUAAAAGAUAGAGUCAAGGAGCGCCUGUUGCCUUUCCCGAAGGUUAAACCAUUGUAUGAACAACCACCUGAAGUUUUAACUGCCACCGUGCCAGCUGAAGACUAUACCCAGGUACAUGUGGAAAACAUCCGGUUGCGUGAGAAGGGGGAAGAUGCUAAGAUAGAGUACUUCUUGGUGAAUCAGAAAAGGGCUGAAUUAGCACAUGAGAUCAUAAAAAAGGCCAUAAAAGAGGCAGAAGAGAAGCUCAAGCAAAAGUACAGAGAAGACUUGAAGGCCUGCAAGCUCCAGUUAGAAAAAGAGACUAAAUAUCAGCUGAGGACUAUGAAAAAGAAACUGGAAGAUGAGACUACUCAGAGAAUAGCAGUCGAAACACAGCUGAAAGGAAGUCACCUCCGCUCUGCACGACUAACAGAAGAGAAUGUCAAACUCAGAAAUCAAAUGGCAAAUAUGGAGAAUGCACCUGAGAAAGAUUAUCUCCCAGAAU